AUGUCGCAAACAACCGCCCUUGCGUCCGAGGGCAAGUUUGCGUAUGGCAAUGGCGUCUUCUUUGCGGAAGCAUCUAACCGCAGUCAACACCGCCGUGCCAGCAAAGAGGAGCUGGUCGCACAUUUUGCGUCUGGGAGCGACAAAGAUCACACCGCGCAUUGGUUCGAAGCGCAACUCAUCCACCAUGGGCUGCAGCCUUCCAAGGUGAAGUCUGUGGCGCGCAUGCGGCUUUUUGAUGCCGUUCGACAAGGGACUUUGUCCGUGCCUCUCCCCAUCACAGACUUGGAGAAGAAGCUGAAGAAGGAGUGGACGAAGCGCGAGAGGGAGGAGAAGAAGAAAGCAACAAAGGGGCUUGAAGCUGUAGCUGCAUCGCAGGCCGGGCCCUCGCGAAAGGCUACGACUGGGAAAAGGAAGGCGGAUGUUAUCGUCAACAUAACAAUUAACACCAAUUCGCCGGGGAGUGUUGCUCCUACUACAGCCAAGAGAGCCAAAACAUCUGAACCGUCGGAGAAGGGCCCUGCUCCAGCACGCCAAUAUGCAACAAAGCAAACCGCUCGCCGUGGCAGCAGUUCACGAGCAGCGAGCCGCCAAGAACCCGCAUCACGCGCUGCACCAGCUCCUGCACCAGCUCCUGUCCCCCGAGUGAGGCAAACUGCGAGACGCAGUCGCCCAUUCACUCCGCAGGGACGUAUCCAGUCCUCGUAUCAAGGCGGUGGAUAUAACGAUUAUGCUGACCCCUUCGACGAGCCCCCUCCACCAUAUGAAGAUAGCUACGAUGAAGACAGCCAGGAAGAUAGACAUCGCCCAGUCCAAAGAGCAAGUCUCGCAACCCUUGGUCUUCUGAAUGGCCGCUACGAUAUCGAUUCCCGUUCCGUCGACGAGGAGUGGCCCCAGUAUGCAUCAGGACUUAGUCUUGUGCUUACUCUAGCUGGCUCUAGCCUAUGGGGAAGAUUUGACCUAGGAAUCAUCGAAGGGGUGCUCUAUUUUGAAGACCGGCCUCGUAAAUCGUCGCUGGAUGCAGUGCAAUUUUCUUGGCGUGGUCGCGAGGCCGAAGGGCCCAUUUCUUCCGAUGACAGAAGGAACAAGGGCUGGAUAAAAUUCCUGGGUGGUGGUCGCAUCGAAGGAUGGAUUGACCAUUUGGAUAUCUACUUUGAAGGUGAUCGAAUGCCGGGGCAAGGAACUCGAAGCGAGGUUGAAGCGAGGAGCAUGCAGUAUGAGUGGAAUGGAUACACGGAAGACGAAUAUGAGCGAGAGAAUGGAGGGCGCUGGGGAUAAUCUGAUUUGUCACGCUAUUCUACUACAGAGCCUGGUAUCAAUAUUCUAAUCCAUGCGACUUUCGUUGCCACACGCCAACAACUUUUGUCAAUUUGCU